GAAAUCGUAUGCCGCUAUAUAUUCCUGUUGUCUGUGACAAGAAGGCUUCCUCUAGGAUGGGCUUCCAUCUGAGUGGAAUAUAACCAUCCAUCUCCCAGUUACGGGAAGAAUAUGAAGUAAUUGUUAAUGGGUGGAAGUGUUCCUGCCUCAGGUCCCCGGACCUCCACCCCUAGAGUGUCACAGGGGAUUGUACUCAAGACAGCAGCCCAUGCAGAAUGGAGGAAGCCAGUGCUGGCCAACACGGGGAGUGACCCUUGCAGUUAGUUCUCCAUUGAAAUGUUGUCCUUCUGGGAUGUGGCCAUUGAUUUCUCUCCAGAAGAGUGGGACUGUCUGGAGCCUGCUCAGUGGGAUCUGUACAGGGAUGUGAUGUUGGAGAAUUACAGCCACCUCGUGUUCCUGGGUCUUGCUGUCUCUAAGCCAUUUCUGGUGACAUUUCUGGAGCAAAGACAAGGGCCUUGGGAUGUGAAGAGACAAGCAGCAGCCACUGUGCAUCCAGGAAUAAUACCCAAUGAUCCUAACAAUUACAGCAAGCGCACUAAUUGUAAAUCACUCCUUAUUACACAAAGAAGAAUUCAUAUAGGGGAGAAACCCUACAAGUGUGGAAAAUGUGGUAAGGCCCUUAGUUCUCAUAAAACACUUUCUAUACACCAGAGACUUCACACUGGAGACAAACCCUACAAGUGUGAACAGUGUCAUAAGGCCUUCAGUACUCGCUCCUCACUUUUUAUACACAAGAAAAAUCAUACUGAUGAAAAAAUCUACAAGUGUGAAGAAUGUGGCAGAUCAUUUUACUAUCUUUCAAUGCUGAAGCAGCAUCAGAGAAUUCAUUCUGGAGAGAAACCCUACAAGUGUGAAGAAUGUGGGAAAUCCUUUAGCUUUCCCUCAUUCCUUAAGCAACAUCAAAGACUUUAUUGUAGAAAAAGUGCCUACAAGUAUGAAGAAUGUGUCAAAGGAUUUUCCCCUCCUCUACACCUUCAGGAACAUGGGCAAAUCCGUACUAAAGAGAAACCCUACAAGUGUGGAGAAUGUCAUAAAGCCUUUCGUUAUCACUCAGCCCUUAGGAUUCACAAGACAGUUCAUACUGGAGAGAAACCUUACAAGUGUGAAGAAUGUGGCAAAUGUUUUUCCUCAUCUUCCUGCCUUAAAAAACAUCAAAUACUUCACUCUGAGGACAACCCCUACAAGUGUGGAGAAUGUUAUAAAACCUUUCGUUGUCAAUCAGCCCUAAGGAUACACAAGACAGUUCAUACUGGAGAGAGACCUUACAAGUGUGAAGAGUGUGGCAAAUGCUAUUCCUCACCUUCCUGCCUUAAACUACAUCAAACAGUUCACUCUAAAUACAACCCCUACAAGUGUGGAGAGUGUGGCAAAUGUCUUUCCUCAUCUUCCUGCCUCAAACGACAUCAAACAAUUCACUCUGAAGACAAACCCUACAAGUGUGAUGACUGCAGCAGAUGUUUCUGCUCAUCUUCAUCUCUUAGACGGCAUCAAAAAUUCCAUUCUCAAGGCAAUCCCUAUAAGUGUGAAGAAUGUGACAAAAGGUUUUCAUGUUCUGCAAGUCUUCAGGAGCACCAAACAAUUCAUACUGGAGAGAAACCAUACACAUGUGAAAAUUGUGACAAAGCCUAUCGUUAUCGCUCAUCCCUUCGGAAACACAAGACAGUUCAUACCAGAGAGAAAUCUGCAAAAGUGUGAAAAGGGUCCUAGGUGCUUUUCCUCAUCCUCAUGCCUUUUACAACAUCAAGCUAUUCACUCUGAAGACAAUCCAUACAAGUGUGUGGAAUAUGGCAAAGCCUUUGCUAAUGUUUAUAGCCUGACUCGACACAUGACAGUUCAUGCUGGGGAGAAAUCCUACAAAGGUCUUAUGUCACAGGCUUUUGCUUGUCCAUUUACAUCAGGGCAGCAGGACGGCUGUGAUUGGUCAGGGAAAAGGAAGCCAGAGCUAAGAGUUGCAGAGACAGGGCAUCUCAGGGGAGAAGGAGAAAGGCCAACAUAGAGGCGAACAUGAACCAGCUUGGCUUUAGCUAGCCACACAUAGUUAUGAUAUAAGGUUAGAAUAAUUGGGAUAAAGCUUUUAUCAUCAUCAACUGGUUCUGAAAUUACUGUAUUGUCAUCUUAUAAAUUGAGAAUUUAUUAAUACAUACAUCUGAUUGGUUAAUUAUGAACUUCAAGAGUCUUGUUCCUACCGGGUCAAUGGAUGUUGUUAUGGC